GCCAACGACAGUUUAAAUUUUGCCAGCCAGUGAUAAAGGUGAACGAUAGCCUUUUGCUUCCUAGUUCAUUUUCAACUGACUGCACGGUUCAUUUGCCUAAACCGAUUUAUUUUUCAAGUGCAAUCACUCACUCGGCUCUGCAUGGUUCGUUGCGUUUAAUACGUUGUUGUCGAAGGUACUCAAUUAUUGGUGCUUCUCCUGUCGCAGAUCUGGUCAACUACUCUUUAGCUCUCAGUGCUCCUGAGUCCUCUUCUCCGUCAAGGGAGCCAUUCUGCUCCCGUAGUCAUCACCGGCAUCUAGAGGCCUCGCUUCCACCAGAAUGCUGGAAAAAUCCAUCCCCAUCUCAAUACCUGAGAAGGUGGUCAAGCCUGGACUUGUCAAUCUAUACUUUGCUGCUUUUGCAGUGACGCUGCCGUUCUUCUCGGUGGGCUGCUGCCUGUCGUGGACGUCGCCGACACUGCCGGCGCUGAGCGACGCCGACUGGAUCAAGGUGGACGACGAGCAGGGGUCGUGGAUUGGCUCACUGCUCAUGCUGGGUGCCACCCUGGGCGCGUUCCUCUCAGGCCAGCUGCUCGACUCGGUGGGUCGCAAGCGUACCCUCCUCGUCGACGUCCUCCUGCUCGUGCUCUCCUGGGCCUGCCUCGCCCUCGCGCGCCCCCUCCGCUCGCUCGAGAUCAUCUACCUCGGCCGCUUCAUUAGCGGCAUCGGCACUGGCGUCGCCUUCGCUGCGAUUCCGCUCUAUGUCUCCGAGAUAUCCGACCUGAACCUGCGCAGUGCACUGGCGUCGAUGUCUGAGGUGUUCCUGGCGGGCGGCUACCUGGUGGAGUACUGCUCGGGUCCGUUCCUCGGCUACUCGGGUCUCAUCCUCGUCUCGUCGCUGAUGUUGUUCGUGUCACUGGUGUUGUUCACGCGCACACCCGAGUCGCCGCACUUCCUUGUCGCCAAGGGGCGCCUGGAAGAGGCUGUCACCGAGCUCUGCUGGCUUAGGGGCAAUGUGCCGCCCCAGCUAGUCGAGGACGAGCUCAAAGAAAUCGAGAUGUCGAUGAUAGUGAAGCGAGAGAACAACAGCGGCUCUCUGUCGGACCUGGUCAUGGACAAGGCGAACCUGCGCGCGCUGCUGGUGUGUUGCGGCCUGUCCUUCUUCCAGCAGUUCUCCGGCAUCAACGUGAUGCUGGCCUACGCGGAGCCCAUCUUCAUGAAGACAUCCUCGUCGCUGUCUCCGGCCGGAUCGGCCGUCAUCAUCGGCACUGUCCAGUUCCUCACCGCCUGCUGCACGCCCAUCGUCGUCAACCGAUUCGGAUUCAAGCGCCUGCUCAUGGGCUCCGCCAUUGUUAUGACUCUUGCACAGGGUGCUCUUGGGCUGUAUUUCUAUAGAGAUGAGCAUCACUUAGAUGUAUCGGAACUGGGUUGGCUGCCAGUAUCGAGUGCAACCCUAUACAUCGUAUCUUAUUGUUUAGGUUUUGGUCCACUAGUGUGGGCUGUGAUGGGUGAGAUGUAUUCGCCAAGCAUCAAGGAGAUUGGCACCUCAACGUCAACCUGCUUCAACUGGUUUCUUGCCUUCCUUAUAACCAAAUUCUUCACCAACAUAUCCAGCUUUCUGGGAUCGUAUGCAGCGUUCUGGCUCUUCUCCUGCUGCUGUAUAUUUGCCUUCCUGUUCACAUUCUUUGUGCUGCCAGACACACAGGGUCUCUCCUUGAAGGAGAUUCAGGACCUACUCAAUGGCCACAAACCAAAUUCAAAUUCGAACGCAUCAUGACGGUGAUACCUCUAUUUAUUUAAAGACUUGAAACUUUUUCACCAGAUUAGGUCACAGUUGUGCUAGUUCGAGCUAAUUUUUUGGCGCAUUUUAACGGCAUGAUUUUAACAGUAUUAGUAUUGAUACAAGCUGAAACUGUGACCAAAGUGUAGAAAAGCCUGUGCCAUAAAUGGCAGAAGUGCCCUGAAUAUUGAGCCGAAAUAUUUUUGGCAAAUUAUCGUUUUAAGCCUCUCAAUCAAGUAGUAGUGAAUUUCAAUGCAACGAGCUAUAACUUAGUUACUUGUGUGAUAAUUGUUAUGAGAAGAAAAUUGUGCUAUUAUCAAAGAAUUGGUCGAUCAAAAACGUAGGGCUUGGUGAGAAGUAUAAUUUGCUAAGAUGUACCUACUCUAAAAAACAUGAUCUACUUUUUAAGGAUCAGUUAGGUGAUAAUGAAGGCAGUUGUUAUUCCAAGACACUGUCUAACAGAGACUGCAUUACAAUGAUUUUAAUCUGGUUUUUACAACAUAAGAUUCAUUUUAGCAACUAUAAAUUAGGUUUGCAUUCAGCCUCAUUACGAUGCAGUAUUUUAAUCGAUAAAUGUGUAUGUUCUCUCUUCACUUGGAGUCCGUACGUUCUCUGCGCGAACCUGGUGAAUGAGUGUAUUCAUAUUGAUAAUGUUAAAUACAUAGUUGAUAUUCACAGGAACGACUGAGUUAUCAAAAAAGUACGUAAUAAUUAAAGAGAAUUUUUAAAGAAAAAAUGAGAGCCAGUAAAAUACUGAUUUUAGCACCCGAGCCAUUACAUCCCAUAUUUAGCACGCUAUAAAGUAUCACAACUCUAUUUGUAACAAUUAUUAUUCUGCUUCUGCAGCUCCAUAGCAGAAGGUUUUGCUUCCUAAUUCAUCAGAUAACUUGGAUGUCAAUAAUGUUUCUUUUUGAAACUCUUUCGUAUCUUGUGUAGCUUUGUAAACUCAUUUUCUGCAGUCUGAGGAUGAUACUCAGUUCUGGAGAGCAUUUUAUUUUUCAAAUGAAUGUUUAUCUCAAGUUGGUUUACUCUUCCAAUCUCUUAAGAGCUUGAAAUUUUCAGAGCUUGGGCUUUAUGAAAUGUAUUGUUGGAACAGGACUAACUAUGAGAUCUGGAUUGAGGUUCACAUCACAGAUUAUCAGAGUUGAAUAGAGAGAAUAUUUAUCUAUUGAGUAAGAUUAGAGAAAAACUCCGAGAACAGUACGGUAACGUAAAACAUUAUUAAAAAAAUAAUGUAAUGCACCAAAGAAGCAUCUUUACAUAUAUCGGCAUAAACUUAAUUUGAUCCUGUGAUAUUUUGUUACAAUGUUUGUACAUUAAAUAGUUAUAAAUAAAUAUAUACAUAUAUAUUUACUGUUAAAACAAUUUUAAACUACAUUCCAUUCUAAUGAGUGAUACCAAUAAGCUGGAUUAGUUGUGAUUAAUUAUAUGAACAAAAAAAUUAAAAGUUAUAAUCGUUAAACAUUUCGUAUUUGUUAAUGUUGUUUUAAAUGCCAGUGUCGCGGUACAAAUAGGCCUACACUGAAUGAUAUUUUAACUAAAACAGUAGAGUCGAAAAUACAUUGCUCAAUUGAAAAAAGAAUGAAACUACUAUAAGUUUAUAAAUUACAUCGAUUAUCUGAUCAUUCUAUAUUAUUCCUCAGUAGCCGGUAUUCUGGUAUUUUUUUAUUUACAGCUCAAUUUCGAGUUCAUCCUGAUAACCUGUGCUGAUAAAUGUGCAGCUGUUAUCAGUUACCUAUUUUUCUAUUUUACUUUGGCACUUCCGUUCUUGAGAUAAGAUGGUUGUUCAUUUUAUUUGUAUAAUGCAUUUGAAUCAAAAUGAGAAAUCUGUUAAUUCAUUUUUUUUCCUAUCACUCUAAAUUUAUUAAAUCAAAUUUCAACCGGCUUGCAUUUCAAAUAUGUGUCUCAUAUCGGGGAAAUGAGUUUUUGAAUCAAUUAAAAAAAGUAAUACAAAGAAUUCUUAAAAUAAUUUGUAAUUUAUUAUAUGCUUACUAUAUUGUAUGUUUUUUCAAUAUAUGAUUUCACAAUUCCUGGCAGCGUUUGAAUUAUUAAUAUUAUUCUUCCAAUGAACUCUAAAGAGUUUGAAAUAUUUAUGGGAUGCGAUUGAUUGCGUGGUCGUCCUGGUUUCUAGACUCACAGAUUGAAUAAGAAACGCGCGCCUGCAUUUUUAAAAACAUUGUCGUUGAGCUCAUGAGGGCGACACUUUCAUAGAAGAAAAAUCAAAAGAGUUCUUGUGAAAUGAGUUUAGAACCCAAUUUAGAAGCUAAUUUGAAAUAAUCAAUUUGGUUAUAUCAUAACAAUUAAACACAUAAGGAUUCCCUUCGAAUUAAAAUAAUGCCUAUAAAAAAUGUUUGUUUAUUAAUUAAAGCUGAGAUCAAUAAUGUAGAGUGCAAAGAGCAAACAGGCCUCAUGAAAAUCACUUUUCAACCAAAUACAAAGUUUCAAGUUUGAAGUACAUCACGAGUCUGUGAUAAUUUCAUUCCUAUGGAAUAUUUGAAAUAUUAUUUCAACUACGGUGCCGAUAAAUAAACCAACAUUUUUGGUCAUUAGUAUUCAAUGGUCCAGUAUGUUGAAUUUCUUACGUUUAGAAAUUAGGAUAGUGUGAUACUAGUUUUAACAAAAAUGUAUUAUGUAUAUGAUCAUAAAAAUAAAUCUAUAUCAUAAAACAAGCUGGUUGUUUCAAUGUAAUACACUAAAUUACUCCAGUAAUACGGAAAGAAAUAUUAUCGUUGAAUAUUAUGUUAUUAGAUAUACUAGAUUAAUAAAGCCUCUGACAUGUCUGUGUAAGUCCCCCUAACUUGUCAGCUGUAGCAAACAAAAUAACUAUUACUUCGAAUCGAAAUAUUUUAAUCCUGUUUCAAUUUGAGGUUUUGGUAUAUCAAGUUUGAAUAAUGUCUACACUCAGACGAAUAAAAUACCUCUUGAUCACCCUUACAUCCAUCUCUAAUUCAUUCCAAUUAGCUUUGUACUAAUAUUGAUCUAAAUAGCACAUUAAAUCUACUUUUCUUGUGUCUGUCAGAAUUGAUUAUGGCGCCUGUAUUAGGUGGCACAGCAACCGACCACCACCAGUGGCCGUGGAAGCUUCACGUUGCCAUGGCAACGAAGCCAAACAAAAGCUUGUUAUUGUCACGUCACAAAGCAACGUGAGGCAACAUUAAACUUAUAACACUACAAUAAACAGGUAUUCCUAGUAAAAUAAAUUUAUUGAUGUUAUCUUAAUUGUCUUAUUAGAAUGCAGCUAGAGGUCAAAGUUCAUAAACAGUCAAUAGCACAUACAAAAUGUCUAGACUAAACCACAUGAAGAAUACCUUUAUGAUUAUUUAAGUAUCUCACACCUCUGCAAAAUGCAUAAUGCACAAUUGGGAAGCAAUAUUUUUAAAAUUCUCAAAUUUUUGUUCUAAUUACGGAGAAGCAGUUUUAAAAGAAUGUAUAUGAAACAAUUAAGUGUUAAUGAAAUUGCAUCGAGUAUUGUACCGUAUCCUUCAAAUAGCCAGAGACUAUAUUAAUCUUAUUCUGAGUAAUGAGUGGUAUUUUUAUGAAAAAAUUGACCAAAUAGUGGGUAAACCAGUGUAAAUAAUAUAUUGGUUAAGGAAGUGUGAGUGUGACACUUGAAAAAGAUACAAAUGUUCGGUACCGUACCCAGGCAGCUAGCCAGCAGCAAUAAGUUUGUAGUACAGUAGCCUAUAGACCUUUUUUAUGCUUAUAAUAUCACCUACAUGUAGUUCAUAACCUGCCAAGAACUGUUAAACCUAGCACUAAAAUAUUUCACUUUGGACAUGUUUAAUUUUCAGCUUUGGAAAAACAAUUAGCUAGAAUAAGAGGUUUUAAUUGAAUCCUACAUUUUAAUACACUGAAUCCUGUGAAUGUUUUAUACCUUUUUUUAAUCAGAAGUUUUCUUAGUCUCAAAUUGAAGCUUUUUAUUAAUCAAUUUUUUUUUAAAUUGAACUCAAAAGAAAUUGAGAAGGAGCUUAGAAUGUGAGAAUGAUAGAGUGGUUCUCUAGAAUAAAGAAACAAGUUCAUUCACCAUGAUGUCGAGUGAACGUAUGAUGUUAAUUUUCAUAGCUUCGAGAGUUAAAAAAUUCCUUUCCUGUUAUUAAAAUAAAUUUAUAUUUUCUGUUGAUUUGUAACAAUACGAUGAGAAAUGAAAACUAAAAUGUUAUUAUAUAAACGAAGCUCAUAGAACAUACUAUAUUUAUACAGAUGUUUCAAGGUUUGCAAGUAAAACUAAUUUCCUAAUAGAUUCAAGUAUAUAUUUACAAAUUAGUUGAUAAAAAUAAAGUAACAAGGCACUCACCAAUAAUCUGAGUUUCUCAUUCCAAAAAACGGAAUGUAACAUAAAUUAGACUCCUUUCCAAUAUGGUAAAACAAGAAAGUGUAAUAUAUCACAAGAUGUAGCUGGUGAUGAUUCAUUGUGUUUUUUUGUUGCUUGUGGGAUCGGUAGUUGUCGAGCUGCUUGUGGAGGGCCUGGCUUCGAAGUAAUCUGCUCUGGCAUCCGUUACUCUCCUACGACGAUAAUAUGGCAGAAAGUCCAUUCUAUAAGCCACAAAAGCACCCACCAACAAUAAAACAACCAGCCAACUCCAAGGGUUUUCAUCCAUAAAAUCUCCUAUAGGCUUACCGAAUUGCCAACU